AGCGAACUUCGAAUUCUGGCAAAUUAAAGGGGAAGUAAACAAGCGAACUUUAACGGCUGAAUGCCAAAGCGAAGACCAACUUUCAGCUGUAAUUUUUCUACAUAAUUUCAAGAAAAAAAUCAACUAAAAGAUUUACAUCAUUGAGCUUUUAUAUAUGUAAUCAUCUUUGUAUGACAUUUUUGUUUUGUUGGUUUGCUUACUGAAUUGGCGGCUUUAAACUCUGACAUUGAACGUAGAUUGGAGGAGUUCCUUUUCGCUUUUUAAAUACUUUGGAUUUCACAAUAUUUGGAAAAUGAACGUAUCUUUCGGCAGUGAAUUCAAUGCCACACAAACAACUGACGGCGCGGCGGCCGAAAAAAAGUCAGAAGGUAUUGCACCUGUACUAAUUAAACAACUCCUCAAAUCUGCUGAAGGCAAUUUCCAGAUGUUUGGAAUGAACUUUAGUAUGGUUUGCAUACGCGCGAUAGUUCGUAAUAUUGAAACUUCAUCGACCAAAAUAACUUAUUUACUAGAAGAUAACACUGGCCAGAUAACUGCUCAUUACUGGCUAGAAGAGGGUGAUACUUUAAAAGCACCCGACGUGAUGCUUAAUAAAUACGCAACUGUUUAUGGCAGUGUGAGGUCGCAAGCUGGUCAAAAGACCAUAAUGGUUUUCAAAAUGCUUCCCAUUAAUGAUCCAAACGAAAUCGUUACACAUCUUCUAGAGGUGCUUUGUGCCCGUUAUAAAGCCGAGCAAUACGCCUCAAGCUAUAGCGGUCACAGUUUCGUUGGUGCUAGUAAAGCAACCACUGGCUUUGAUAUGCCGUCAAGCAGUGAAUCAGGUUUGGACGGCAAAAAAUUAGCAGUGCUUCAAGCAAUUAAAACUCACCAGUCUCCUGAUGGUAUUAAUCGUGAUGAGUUGAAACGUAAAUUUGGACAAAUGAAAGAGUCUGAGCUCAACUCGAUUUUGGACUUUAUGAUUACCGAAGGUUUCAUCUAUUCGAGUAUCGAUGCUGACCAUUUCCUGAGCACGGAGUAACGAGUGAAAGGGCCAAAAAUUCAAUUUCCAAUCUCUUAGUAUAUAAAAACAUAUUGUAAAAA